GGUAUGUUUCAGCUGCUGCGAUCACUUAGCAAACUCUGCCCGUCUCCUGGUUGAAGGGGAGGAGAUUAUACUUAACUCAAUCUGAUUGUAAAACCACAACUACCUCAGCAAGUCUGGCUGGCGGAACUCAAGCAGUGAUUUUCCAAUGAUAAACUAGAACUAAGUAUUAAUCUUUAUUUGAACAAGAAGCCCAAAGGAGGGAGCUUGCUGUGAGAUCUUUUUCUGGACAAAGUCAACUUGUUGGACAUUCACAGAUUCUCAGCAAACAUGCCACUCGCUCGAUCACUUUCCAUGACCUCUUUAAAUGGACUCCCUUUGUGGGAGGAUGAAGAUUUGCUGGUGGAAGACUUGAUGUUGUUUGAAGUUUCCUGGGAAGUUACGAACAAAGUUGGUGGUAUCUUCACAGUAAUUCAGACGAAAGCUAAAAUCACAGUUGAUGAAUGGGGAGAAAACUACGUGUUGAUAGGUCCGUACUAUGAGCAUAAUGUGAGGAGUCAAGUAGAAGUGUUUGAGCCAACCAACCCAGCCUUAAAAAAGGCCAUCGACUCACUGAAUUUCCAUGGAUUCCAGGUUUACUUUGGCAGAUGGCUGAUCGAAGGCGGUCCUUAUGUGCUAUUAUUUGAUAUUGCAUCAGCAGCCUGGAAUCUGGACAAAUGGAAGGCAGAAUUCUGGGAAGCUUGUCAUAUUGGCAUCCCCAACCACGAUACGGAAUCUGCCGACGCUCUAAUAUUUGGAUCGCUCACUGCUUGGUUUUUGAAAGAGCUUACUGAUAAGUUUCAGGAUAAACCGAACGUGAUCGUCCAGUUCCAUGAAUGGCAAGCGGGAGCUGGUCUGGUGCUCAGCAGAUACAGGAAACUCCCCAUUGCAACAAUCUUCACCACCCACGCUACCCUGCUGGGCAGGCAUCUGUGUGCAGGCAAUGUUGAUUUCUACAACCAACUUGACAAGUUCAACGUUGAUAAGGAAGCAGGAGAGAGACAGAUCUAUCAUCAGUAUUGCAUGGAACGUGCCAGUGCUCACUGUGCACAUGUGUUUACAACAGUGUCUGCCAUCACAGCGAUCGAGGCAGAACACAUGAUAAAGAGAAAGCCAGAUGUCAUCACACCUAACGGGUUAAACGUUAAGAAGUUCUCUGCCAUGCAUGAGUUUCAGAAUCUGCAUGCUUUGCACAAGUCUCGAAUUCAAGAAUUUAUUCGGGGGCAUUUCUAUGGACACUUAGAUUUCAACUUAGAAAAGACCCUCUUCUUCUUCAUUGCUGGAAGAUAUGAAUUUUCAAAUAAAGGAGCGGAUUUAUUCAUGGAAGCUUUGUCCAGAUUAAAUUUCCUCCUCCGGGUGCACAAGUCGGAUGUAACCGUGAUAGUGUUUUUCAUCAUGCCCGCCAAAACACACAACUUUAAUGUGGAGACGUUGAAAGGACAGGCCGUACGGAAACAGCUAUGGGAUACUGCUCAUAUAGUGAAGGAGAAAUUUGGAAAGAAACUUUAUGAAGCAUUAUUAAAAGGGGAGAUUCCAGAUAUGAACAGGAUUCUUGAUCGGGAUGACUUGACCAUCAUGAAACGAGCCAUCUACGCAACUCAGCGUCAAACCUUGCCUCCAGUGACCACUCACAACAUGCUGGAUGAUGGCAACGAUCCCAUCCUCAACACUGUCAGGCGAAUCGGGCUGUUCAACAAUCGGAUGGACAGGGUCAAGAUUGUUUUCCACCCGGAAUUCUUGUCCUCCACAAGCCCACUGUUGCCUAUGGAUUAUGAAGAGUUUGUCAGAGGGUGUCAUCUUGGUGUCUUUCCAUCCUAUUAUGAACCUUGGGGAUACACACCCGCCGAGUGCACAGUCAUGGGGAUUCCCAGCGUGACCACCAACCUCUCAGGCUUUGGCUGUUUUAUGCAGGAAAAUGUAGCUGAUCCAACAGCCUAUGGAAUUUACAUCGUUGAUCGCAGAUUCCGAUCUGUAGAUGAGUCCUGCAAUCAGCUGACGCAGUUCAUGUUCGGGUUCUGCAAACAGUCGCGUCGUCAGAGAAUCAUACAGAGAAACCGCACGGAAAGGCUAUCGGAACUUCUAGACUGGCGAUACCUGGGCAGGUGUUACAUGCACGCCCGUCACCUCGCUGUGUGUAAAGCCUUCCCUGAGAAAUUCCAAAUGGAACCAAUUGCUCCACCGUUGACCGAAGGUUUCAGAUACCCACGGCCAGCCUCCGUGCCACCGUCGCCCUCUGUCUCCCUGCAUUCUAGCCCACACCACAGCGAUGAAGAGGACGGUUCUGAUAACGAACACGAGAGAUACGAUGAGGAUGAAGAAGCGGAGAAGGAUCGGAUCAACAUUAAAGUCCCCACUAAAGCGAAGAGCAAGUAGGUUUACCCCAAAUGAAGCAGGUGACCCUAUUUCACUACAGGAAAUGUGCUGCAACUGUAUUUACAAUGACUGGAGGGUGGAAAAUAGGAGUAUUUAGGUAUCUCAGGCCGAAUCCACAAAGCUGUGUUAAACUUUAUUCUGUGAGAGACAUAACAUUUUGGCUAUCGAGCACCAAAGUGGUCAUUUUGUUUGGAGUGGUUAGGAUUGGGUGUUUGGGGUUUAGAUUGUAAUGCUUGAUGUUCUCAUUUUUUUUUCUCUAAAAUCUGUCCUAUAAACAUCACUGUAAGAAUGAGGUUCAUCAUUUUCGCUUUGUUUAACUUUGCUUUCAAAUGAUAGACAUCUAAUUGUGUUUUGGAUUAUCUCUGGCUUCAGAUGAAGAACGUUAAGCUUUCCUUUGGGAUUAUAAAUUGCCUGCUUUGCGACACUGACAUUUUCUGCUACCAAUUCGCUCGUGGGGAUAUUCUGGCACCAAUGUUACACAUAAUUUAGGGCGACCAUUUUAGUCUAUUUAUUGAAUUUUACUGUUGGUUCUUUAAACGGGUACAUUUCAUCAGGCCAUCAGUCGUUUGUGAUGUGUUCUUAGGCAAUCGUGUAGACGUGUUUCUCAAUGACAUGGCUUUAGGCCUCAGUCAAUGUUUGUGCUUCCUGAUCUCUUGUAGCUUCCACUAAACUAUUUGUUUGGUUACUCUUGGUCUGUUUGCUGUAAACCACCCCCGCCACCACCAACCAAAAUAAAAACUAACUCAAUGUAUAAACUUCCUGUUUAACUUCACUGAGGGCUGCUCCAUUCUGUGGUGCUGAUAUCCAGACAGAUGCUGUUUAUCAUGUCAGUUAUUUUCAUGCUAAUGCACACACCAAAAGUGUGACAAAAAAUCACAAAGUGAAAGAUUUUUAUCGCAGUGAUUAGAAUUAAAUUGUCACUCACGGUAGCACAAUAUAAGAAGUGGGGAGAAUCCAAUAUUAAAACUGGAUCUUAUUGGUUGGGAGUAAUGCAAACUCUUGUGGUUCACUAUUCUUUUUUUUCCCUUUACAGCAGUUAAAAGCACAAGUUCAGCUGUUUACUGAGCUGGGGGUGUUGAGUGAUGUAGUGUAGUAGACCGGCAGACAAAUGUCUUCAGUAAAACCAUCCAUCAUAGCCUUUCCAUCUGCAUUACAAUUGUGGUGUUCAAUAGACAUCUUUCUAAUUCUGUACUGACAGUGUCAUUGAGCUAAAUGUUCGUCAGCAGUUCAGGAGACGUCCAAACUUGUAUUGCUUUAUUUUUUAUGUAAACCAUUUUAUAUGUUGCUGCUCUCUGCAGAUUUCUAAAUGUGUGUCUAAACCACUGACCAUGCUCCCUAAUUAACUUCUCUAACAUCACUUCCUAGAGUUGUGUAAAACAACUUUAGUGUUGAUGCAGGUGUUAUCUCCUUUAAUGUGAAAAAACCUAACCGUUCCUAUUUCCCUUUCCCUUUGAUGAGCUACAUUCUGUAAUUGGAACAUUAUAGUAUGAACAAUUAUGAUAGUCGUUGUUCCAUCACUUGGUUUCAAAGGAUUAAGAAAUAAUUGCACAUCUUACAGUAUGUCCUGUGUUGCAAAAGCCGAAUAUUAGCAACAUGUAUUUACUGCUGCAGCUUUUGACAAUGUUUGUACUUUUGUACAAACUCCAGUGAUUUUAGAAUAUUCUAUUUCGUAGAGAUGGUGAAUGAAGUGCAGUCGCUCAUCACAAAGACGGUUCAAAAGAUCAAUUGUGUUUGUAGUAAACGACAGGAAUGUUUGUCUUGCAUUUCUGAAAAGCUUGCCUGUAAAUAACAGCAGUGCAUCCGAAAAGGACUGUUAAGUGGUCUGUUUAUAGCUACUCUUUCCAGAGCAUUACACCAACUGGAAUGUGAAUUGUUUCUUUGUUUUAGUGUAAAAUUGUUUAAGAUUGACUAUCUGGAUUAUUAAAUGAACUCUCUCUUUUAAAAUGCAAACCAAAUCUUUUAUCCUGUCAAUACAGCACCAUUAUUCACUUGUGUGAUAUGUUUAAGAAUAUUGCUUAAAUGCUGCAAUUUAUUCUUUAACUUGCACUUAUGCCAACUGAUUUGCAGUUAAAGUUGAACUAAAGUCCAAGAAAUUGUGUAUUUUUGAUAAACAUAGGUGUUUAAAGGAAAAAUAAAAGAUUCAUAGACUGGAUUUAUUUUGCGUCCCUUUUUUUGUGGGCUAAAAAGAAAUUAAGGUUCUGGGUUCUGUUAGGAUUCAUAUACUUUAAUAAUUUAUCUGAAGAGACUGAGCUUCCAUUUGUACCUCAGU